CGUCACGGGCCACGGCUAUCUCCUUGCGGGUUGCUGCAGGUCAGUGAUAGCCGGACAGCCGCCGCAUGCCGUUCAUCAAUUGACCGUGCCUAUCAUCGUACGUAAUGAGGAACUUGGAAAGGAACUUACCAAGCGCGCCGGCGUCAACGUAUUUGCACCAUCUUCCUCUCAGUUCUAUCUCUUCCUCCCCUUUACUUUUCCCAUGUCCUCUACCAAUCAUGCUCGUUUCCCAUUGAACAAUAUUCGUUGGGGCAACAAUAGUCAUGGAACUCCUGGAACUCAUACAACACACAGCAGUAAACCCCCAAAAACACCUGCACCGAUAUAUCGGCAUGCUGCCCCAUCUGGACCUUGGCCAUGGAUGGACCUCGAGUCGGACACUAAGUUAGAGGCAGAGCCUACUUCACCAGCAAGAGAGUCAGUGGAACAAUUGAAAUGGAGGGGUUAUCCUCAAUCCUUGUUCGGUAACUGGGUCACCGAUCGAAUCUCACGGUGUAAGAUGGUCGAAAAUUGUUCCAAGGACCCUCGAGAAAAAUGCAGGAUCUAUUAUGUCGAUGUACUUGGAACAGGAUCAUUCAAGCCGGCUCAGGAUACCGGUCCACCCAUUGAUGUCGAUGAACGCGCUUUAAAUAAGCUUUGGGAUCAUUUGCAGAUACAGCCGACAGGCCUUCGUCUUAGGGUGUUGCUUGUCGACAACAUGAAACACCCUGUGCUCCAGAUGCUGGGAACAAGGUACAACAUCGAACCGUUCUUUUUCACGUCCUCGUUGAACUGGAUCCCUUCUCGAUACCAAGAAGAAGUUAUCAAGAAAAAAGGAGAUCACAUUACGGUCACUCUUCUAUUCGUACGCGCCGUAUCAUGGGAGGUGACUGCACCAUCCUCGCAAAACAAGCACAUUUCGGACAAUGAGAGGGCUAUAGACACACAAGAGUCACUUCGUCUUCGCUCUGUUCGCCGCCCGUCAGCGGAAAAGUACCUUCUUCAAGACCUGCUCGCUCUGCAUAUGAUAAGAUCAUCCGACCCUAGUGGCAGCACUAUCAUAUCUUACCACCCAAAUGCUCAGUGGGAUAGGACAACUGCGGAGCGAUUGAAAAAUCUAGUCCACAAAGUAGGAGAGAGCGUGUAUUGGCAGAAGAUAUUCGAACAGUCUAAGGAUCCAUCAUUUGUCUUCUUGGCUAUCCUUUGGUAUGGGCUCUAUGCCUGGGACGAAUCCUUGGACCAUCUGUACACUCACAUGAACUGGCUGGAAACAAACGUGCUGCUGACGAAUGAUAGCCAUCUUACGACUGAGUUACACACUAUCCAGGCUCAGCUACUUCAUUAUGCUUCACUUCUCGAGGAUUUCCGCAAAUCUGUGAAUUUCGUCAGGAACACGCCGAAUCCCGGUCUGGAGUCCUCCGAAUUUACUGAACAUUCAAGAAGGGACACGAAUAAACUGAUGCGCAAGGAAUGCGAUAACCUCCUUUCGGAAAUUGACAGGCUAGGUUUCCAAUUGAGAAAUAUCACAGACCUCGCUAAAGCGACUGUGAACUUUGUCGAUAGUCGACGGAUGCAAGAUCUGACGACAGCAACAGUUCGUGAUUCGGCCUCAAUGAAACAAAUUUCCUACCUAACAAUGAUUUUCCUCCCUGCCAGUUUCAUCGCAUCGGUAUUUGGAAUGAAUGUCAGAGAAAUUAUCAGCGGUGCCACGGAAACUCUAGCCAAUUAUGUGACUGUUUCUGUUACAUUUACUGUACUCACUGCAUGGCUUGUAGUUGCAUUUCAAUCUCACUCGCCGUUUCACGAGCCGGGUGCUGGAUUCUGGCGACGGCUUGCAUGGCCGGUCACAUACAUCAUGAGAUCCACAGGCCUGCGGCAGUCGCUCCGAAGUCAGCCCGUUGUAGACAUUUAGACGAACUCUUUUAACACUAAAAGAUACAUCUUCCCCUCUGUAUCAAGUUGCACAGUAUCAUGGCUUAAC